CCCUCCCCUCCCUCCCUCCCCGCUCGGCUGCUGGGUCGGUGCGCUGGGGUGCCCGGUCCCCUUACUGCUGGGACGCACCGAACUCCCGGCCCGAGUCGGCUCUCUGGAGCCUGGUCCCUCCCUUCCCCUUCCCGGCCCCCUUCCCCCACCCCCGACGCGGGCUUGGCGCGGCGGCCGGAGGAACCCCGAGCAGCCGGCCCAGGCCCCUGAGCUGGAGGGAUGGAGAACUCCUCAGCAGCGUCGGCCUCCUCCGAGGCAGGAAGCAGCCGCUCCCAGGAGAUCGAGGAGCUGGAGCGCUUCAUUGACAGCUACGUGCUGGAGUACCAGGUGCAGGGGCUGCUGACGGACAAGACAGAGGGCGACGGCGAGAGCCAGAGGACACAGUCCCACAUCUCCCAGUGGACGGCUGAUUGCAGCGAGCAGCUGGAUGGCAGCUGUUCCUUCUCCAGAGGGCGAGCCCCCCCACAACAGAACGGCAGCAAAGACAACUCUCUGGACAUGCUGGGCACAGACAUCUGGGCUGCCAACACCUUUGAUUCUUUCAGUGGUGCCACCUGGGACCUGCAACCUGAAAAGCUGGACUUCACCCAGUUCCACCGGAAGAUCCGACACACGCCCAAGCAGCCCCUGCCUCACAUCGACAGAGAAGGGUGUGGAAAGGGGAAGCUGGAAGAUGGAGAUGGCAUCAACCUGAAUGACAUUGAGAAGGUCCUCCCAGCCUGGCAGGGCUACCACCCAAUGCCCCAUGAAGUGGAGAUUGCACACACCAAGAAGCUGUUCCGGAGGAGGAGAAACGAUCGAAGGCGGCAGCAGAGACCUCCAGGGGGGAACAAGCCCCAGCAACAUGGUGACCAUCAGCCAGGCAGUGCCAAACACAACAGGGACCACCAGAAAUCCUACCAGGGGGGCUCAGGGCCCCACCCCUCAGGGAGGCCUACGCACCACGGCUACAGCCAGAACCGGCGUUGGCACCACAGCAACAUGAAACACCCGCCUGGCGAAAAGGGGGAAGCAGGCAGCCACCGCAAUGCCAAAGACACCAUGACCAUCGAAAGCCCCAAACUUGAGGACAGCCCAGGGGACACUGGACACAGUGGCCUUGAGCCUCCCCGCAGCCCUGACAUCCUGACCCCAACAGCUUCCGAAAGGCCAACCCCACAGCCACCAGGGGGGCCAGAGGCUGAGACAAAGCGUAAAGACAGUGUUCUCCCUGAGCGCCUCGGGGAGCGACCCAAAAUCACCCUGCUCCAGUCUUCCAAAGACAGACUGAGGCGAAGGCUGAAAGAAAAGGUACCGGUAAUUGAAUUUUCCUUGUUCUCUUGCACCUGGGAGGACAUCCGAGAGGAUGAAGUGGCAGUGGAGACAAGCAAUCCCCAGCAGAACAAGAUGGACAAGCUGAUGGAGAUACUGAACAGCAUGCGGAACAACAGCAGUGACGUGGACACGAAGCUCACCUCCUUUAUGGAGGAGGCCCAGAACUCCACCAACUCUGAGGAGAUGCUGGGGGAGAUCGUGCGGACCAUCUACCAGAAGGCUGUGUCAGACCGCAGUUUCGCCUUCACGGCCGCCAAGCUCUGUGACAAGAUGGCACUCUUCAUGGUGGAGGGGACCAAGUUCCGGAGCUUGCUCCUCAACAUGCUUCAGAAGGACUUCACUGUGCGCGAGGAACUGCAGCAGCAGGACGUGGAACGCUGGCUCGGCUUCAUCACCUUCCUGUGCGAGGUGUUCGGCACCAUGCGCAGCAGCACGGGAGAGCCCUUCCGAGUGCUGGUGUGCCCCAUCUACACGUGCCUCAGGGAGCUCUUGCAGUCUCAGGAUGUAAAGGAAGACGCUGUCCUCUGCUGCUCCAUGGAGCUGCAGAGCACGGGCCGCCUGCUGGAGGAGCAGCUGCCGGAGAUGAUGACAGAGCUCCUGGCCAGUGCCCGGGAUAAGAUGCUGUGCCCCUCGGAGUCUAUGCUGACUCGGUCCCUGCUCCUGGAGGUCAUCGAGCUCCAUGCCAACAGCUGGAACCCUCUAACACCCCCCAUCACGCAGUACUACAACAGAACCAUCCAGAAACUGACAGCCUGACAACUAAGGGGGCCUGGCGGGCAGCCCAUGGGCAGCUGGGGCCCUGAUACACAGGGCCAGAUGGACAGGUGGGAGAAUAGGGGUGGCCCUGGCGGGAAAAAGAAAUGAGCAGGGAGGCAGGCAGUGAUGGUGGCCAAUCUGGAGGCAGCCGAGGAGGGGAUCAGCUCCCUGAGAAGAGCCCCCAGUGUAAACCCCCAGACAGAGCAUGUGGCAGCUCACACCAGGGAAAGCAUGUUUCUUUGUUCUGGUGGUCUGAGUCCUUGCUCCCCUCCUUGAUCCCCCUGCUCUGGUCCUCCCCACCUCCUGCCAUCCAACCCACCGCCCACAGAGCUUUAUAGGAGGAAUCCCUGUCUCAGGCACUCCUCACCAUCUCCAGCAGCCUCACAGCCUCCCACACCUGCUGGCCACCGCUUGGGUCAGCAAGGACUGCCGAAGGCUGAAAAAGUGGGUCGAGUCGGCUCGUAUUGUUCCCACGUGCUGUCAGCCUCAGUUGCCAACUGGCAGCAGGCAACAUGUCGCAGAUGUCGGGGAGGACAAAGGCAGGCACGGUCCCCACCAGCCGCCUGUAAUUGACGGCCUUUGUCAGCCCCAGUGGGGCUGGGGAGAGGCAUUUUUCCUCUACCCUUAGUGCUCCACCCUCCCAACUUCAAUUCCUCCUGUCCUCAGCCCCAAACCCAAGGGUCUGGGGGUUGGAGGAAAGUGGGAACUGGCAGCAGAGAGGGGAGCAAGAGCUCACCGCUCAGCUUGCACCCUUUAUUUUAUUGUGUUUUAUUUUUCAAAAGUUCAUUGCUUUGAA